UUCCUGGAUAAAUAAUUUUAUUAUGCAAGAUUUAAAUAAAGAGUUACAAGAAAGAGAACAGCAAAUUGCUCUUUUAAAAAGACAAUUGUAUAUUUUAAGUUCUAAAUUCCGCCAAUGUGAAAAGCAUGAUGAAGACCCUGAGUAUACUCAACGAUAUUUAGAAAGUAAAACUGAGUGCCAUGAUUGUGCGGGGGAUAAACUUGUUAACAAAGAAAAAGAAAUAGAGACUAAUGCUUAA